AUGAAGCUGGGCAAGAACUUCAAAACUGGAAGAGAAACAUAUCUGUCAUCAUGGAGGAGUACUGAUGAUCCUUCCCCAGGUGAGUAUACAUUAAAGUUUUUAGCGGUUAAGGGUAAAUAUCAACAAGUAUAUAUUAGGAAAAGCUCUGCUAUUGAAACAAGGCUUGGGCCCUAUAAUGGCAUAUCAUUUUCUGGCCGGGAAAACUAUGCAACUGAUGCUAAUCCGGCGAGCGCUUCUAUCGUGAUUGUGAAUCAGAAUGAGAUGUAUAUCGCUUAUAAUUCAAAAAGUAACACCACUACAUUAAGAACGGUAUUGACUCCUGAUGGUAAGCUUGAGAUCUUGCAGCGAAAACUACCAAACCCGGAAUGGAUUCUAAUUGCCACCUUACCAGUAGAUUAUUGUGACAUAUAUGGGGUAUGUGGCCCAUAUGGGAUCUGUAAUACUGCCACUUCUCCUAAUUGUGGGUGCUUGAAAGGAUUUGAACGCGAAUCCUUAGAUGAAACGACUUCUGAGAAUGAUUCAAGUGUUUGUACACGAAGCACAGCCUUGGAUUGUGGGCCUGGAGAGAGAUUUCAAAAGUUUUCAAGCAUGAAAUUACCAGACACUCAGAAUGCUGUCUAUAGUAGCAACAUGAGCCUACUAGAUUGCGAGGCAGCUUGCAAGAAUAAUUGCUCGUGCACCGCCUAUGCAAAUCCAAACAUCACUCCAGGUGGACUUGGGUGCUUGCUAUGGUUUGGGGAUUUGAUCGAUGUUCGAGUGUUCCCACUAAACGGACAAGAUCUAUAUAUUAGACUUGCGGCCUCAGAAUUCAGGUUCCACAGAAAGAAACGGGUACAGGUUAUGGUAGUAACUUUGUCAAUAUCAGCUGUGUUGACUUUGUUGGGCCUUGUAUACAUUAAGAGAAAAUGGAAGAAGAGAUCAGACGUGGAGAGCAGCAGCCAGAUGGGAAGCGCAGAGGUUCCUUUGUUUAGCCUGUCUAAAAUUUCUAGGGCUACCGACGAUUUCUCAGUCAACAACAAGCUGGGAGAAGGUGGGUUUGGACCGGUGUACAAGGGUGUGCUUGAAGGAGGACAAGAGAUUGCUGUGAAGCGGCUAUCAAAGUCCUCUCGACAGGGUCUUCUUGAGUUUGAGAAUGAAGUUAUAUGCAUAGCUAAACUUCAGCAUCGAAAUCUUGUGAAGCUCUUAGGAUAUUGCAUUCAAGGGGAUGACAAAAUGUUAAUUUAUGAAUACAUGCCAAACAAAAGUCUUGACAGUUUUUUAUUUGAUGGAUCGAGAAAGUUGUUACUCGAUUGGCCACAACGCUUCCAGAUCAUUCAUGAGAUUGCUCGAGGUCUUCUUUAUCUUCAUCAGGAUUCCCGGCUUAAAGUUGUACAUAGGGACUUAAAAGCAGGGAAUAUAUUACUUGAUCAUCAGAUGCAUCCAAAGAUAUCAGACUUCGGUUUGGCCAGAAUGUUCAAAGAGGAACAGAGUGAAGCAACGACAAAGAGAGUCGUGGGAACUUUGGGAUACAUAUCUCCAGAGUAUGGUUUUGGGGACUCAUUCGGGGAAGUGGAGUCACCGAUCGGUGACCACACCGUCGUGAUGAAGACAAUCGGUGAGUUCACCCAACCUAAUUUUCCACCACAAAUAUUUUCACACCCAAACUUCACAACCGAGUUCGAUCCAUUUGCAUUUAGAACCCUGCCAAUUCAAUCACCAAGAGAGAAUGUCGAGCGCCCACUUCCUAUCUACAAUGAAGACCAAGAUUUAGAGGUUGUCCCCGAAACACAACAUUUGGAUGUAGAUAGUGGCGAGGACGAAGAAGAAUAUAAGGAUGAAGACGAUGAUAUUGGUGAAGCAAGUGAGCCGAAACAAAAGGGAGUCAAGGCGGAGCGUCAAACUUGGACGAAAAACAUGAAGAGGCCUUAG